AUGGCUCCUCCGUUGAGCGACCCCACGGUGGCCGAGGGGAGCAUGACGUUUGACAUCAUCCAACAUGGACACAAGGAUCUGGUACAAGCAAUUGCUUUCAAUGCAUACGGCGAUCGAUGCGCCACUGGCGGCGUUGACGGCAAGAUCCGCGUCUUCAACCGCCAUCGCGACGAUGUCUGGCGACUAUGCGACAACUGGGGUGCCCACAGCGGCGAGAUAUUAGAGCUUCAAUGGCUCCCACCCACCGUCUCCCCCAACCUGCUUGCCUCCCUCGGCAUCGAAGGCCGCUUUAAGUUGUGGGCUGAAGACCCCGAGGCUGCGCCUGGAAAACGCUUCAGUUCCCGAACCGGAAAUGGGAGGGCUAUCUCUGAGAUCAAGUCCGGUCGGUGUCCCUUCCGAUCCUUUUCCCUCAAGCACGACGAAGUCACGCGAUGCACCUGGUUUGCGCUACUUGCCACCGACGGCCAUCUCUUCGUAUACGAGAGCGAGCAACCCGAGAUGCUGAGCGAAUACGGGAAGAUCGAUGACUUCCAAGCCUGCUCGAGGCCGAACAGAGGAGAGGAGACGUGUUUCAAAGUCCGAUUCGAUCCAAACCCCGAGCCAUGUUACAAUGCCUUGCGCGCCGGCGUCUCACAGGAUGCAUUGAGUCUCGUGGUCUCAGGCAUGCUUAGUGUCAAGAUAUUCAGGACCCGCGAGACUGUCUCUAGUUCAUUCGGCGCGGAAACCAGAGCGCGCGAAUUCUAUUGUGCCGUCGAGAUACCACACACACACCUCGUGCGCGACGUCGCAUGGUCCCCCGGCAACUAUAAAGGCUAUGACAUGAUUGCGACAGCUUGCCAAGAUGGAUUUGUGAGGGUCUUUAGAAUUGAUACACCUUACCCAAAGAAUGACGGCAAAACAUGGACCGCUGAGGAUAUCGUUAGUAGUGGUAAAAGUACCGACGAUGGCAUGUCAUCCAAGAAAAUGCAUCCCCGCAGGUUGUCGCAAGCGCCCUCCGGAAUAAGAGUCGAGAUCGAUAAGUCUGGAACUCACGGGGAGCGUACCUCCACCGGCGAACCCGGCCAGAUCGAGCACACGGUCAAAGAAAUUUCAAAACUUGAUGCCCACCAAUCGCCUGUCUGGAGGGUUGGCUUCGAUGAUGACGGUCAAAUACUAGGAAGCGUCGGAGAUGAAGGAAAGUUGAUGUGCUAUCGACAAACACCGAGCGGUGCAUGGGCGAAGAGCUCUGAGCUUGGUAUGAUGAAGACGAGAAUGACUGGGCCUGCCUGA